AUGGCGUAUUCAGCUGCAGACAAACGCCGUGUCUAUCUGGCAUGCAGGCCUAUUUUUGCGGGAAACAACGCACUGCUACGCAAAGCCAAAAAAAUCCGCGAGCUCAAGGUUGUCGAUAUCAUCAAAAUCUUGCUUGAAAAGCAGAUAUUCCAAUCAGAUGUCAAGGCUAAGAUCGAAUUUCCAGAGCUGUUUCACUCAUCCCCCGCAAGAGAUGUUCAGCGAGCUGCAUCGGAAAACGACGCUGCACGAUCAGCUGCUGAGGCACUAGAAGAAGUGGCUUCGCGAGAGGAAGGAAAUGAAUCCGAUGAUGAGGAGCCAACAAGUGUAGUGCAUCUAAAUCAAAACGUUAGUAAUGGUUCAACACCGAUAGAGCAGCGACCGGAUAUCAUUUCUUUAUAUCCAAUGUAUUUUCCAUACCAAGCACAACAUGCUAUUCUUUCUAGGGUACAGUCUGUUUUGGAGGACUGCUGCUUUGAAUUCACACGAAUAUGGAAGCCGUCAAUCUUGGAGGAGCAGGGGUGGGACUGUGCCGCUGCCGUCGAGUUGACGAAGUGGACGAAGCUGUUUGUAAAGAAGUCGGAGAAGUUUCCCGAGCAUGCGUUCAAGCUUAGUGGGACAUCUCUGAACAAAAUUCUGUUCGCAACCAACAAGCUUCGCCACACCGCUGUUCAUCGACUUCCAACCACCAGUCGGGGAGUCGAAGCGCUAGUAAAGUCAGCCAUGAUCCUUGCUGAGACACUCCAAGAUCCGCUGCGAACCGCACAGUUGGAAGAUCUACAACUUGAGAUAGACAGUAAGAUCAAAGCAAUGGAACUCAAUAAAAAUGUUUUGGAGGAUACACUUGGCCAGGAACUGCAGAAGAUUCAACAGCAGCGAGAAGAGCUUGAUAUGCUGGAAAAAGCUUUGGCAGCUAGAAUCAUCCGCGAGGACCGUGAGAACAAAGUUUUGAUUGGGAGUUUGCUGGAAGAGUCUGUAAAUCGACUCUUUGAUGAAGGGGCUAGUCGUAUGAAUAGCGGUCCAGAGGAUGCGGACCAGAUAUCAGAUGCAGAGGAGAAACAAAUAUCAACGAAUCAUGAAGAGGAGUACAUGUAG